GAGAGGCUAAUCUCAAACUUGUGGAGUGAGUGCUUCGUUCCUUCUCGCAACAUGGAGCUUUUCCUGCAGUCCUGGAAUGCUCUGUACUUUCUCAUGUUUCUACUCUCUUUGUGGCUAAUCUCCCAAAAGUUCUACAAAUCAUCCACGAUCAAACUCCCGCCGGGAAGCCAUGGCUUGCCUCUUGUCGGAGAAUCUCUCUCUCUCUUUUGGGGAUCCCCUCUGGGCUUUCUCAGCACUCGAUGCAAGCGAUUUGGAGGAGUUUUCUGGAGUAACUUGCUUGGAUCUCCCACCAUCGUUGCAACAACGGUAGAGUCGGCCAAGUUCUUUCUCAGCUGCGCAGACUGUGGCCCCUCGGGUCUGUUUGCCCGAUUGCUUGGGCCAGAAACUAUAAACGAGGUCAUCGGGAGUCAGCAUGCGCUCUACCGGAGAAUCUUUCUAGGGCUGAUGGUUCCAGAGGCGCUCAAGUGCCACGUCCAAAUGAUUGAUAUCUUGGCUCAGGAUACUCUCGAGUCAUGGGGGUCGAAAAAGACGGUGUCGGUUAUGGAAGAAACUCUCAAGUUCAGCUACUGCACGUUGAUUGGAUUAGUGUGCAAGAAACUCCUGCCCUCCACUCCGGAGAUGAUUGAUCUCAUGAAAGACGCCCAAACGAUAGAGAAUGGGGUGCUCCAGUUUCCAAUCGACUUACCCUUCUCACCUUAUCGCAAAGCGUUACAGGCCAGGGCAAGGCUCCACAGAUUCUUGGAUGGGCUCAUCAACGAGAGAAGGGCCGAACUAGCUGCCAACGGUGAAAAGCGCAAAGAUGCGCUGGACGAGUUUAUUACGCACAAAGAUGACAAGGUUGGAUUCCUCUCGAAUCAACAAGUGGAAGACAAUCUCGUGACACUGCUGUUCGGAGGCCACCACACCACAGCCCUUGCUCUCGUGUGGCUGAUGAAACACUUGAAUGGGAACCCACAGGCUUUCAAGGAAGUGGAGGAGGAGCAAAGGAGAAUCUUUCUUGGUAAAAGCUCCACCAAUUACAACUUAACUUGGGAAGACACAAGCCAGAUGCCAGCUACUCUAAGGGCUGUCAAUGAAAGUCUGAGGCUUUCUAAUGUUGUGGGGGUGGUGACACGUAAACUCACUAAGGAUAUCAGCUACAAAGGUUACACCUUGCCCAAAGAUUGGAUGGUUCAUGUCUAUAUACCACCAAUCCACUUAGAUGACAGCAUUUACCCUAAUGCAGCAAAAUUUAAUCCAUCCAGAUUUGAAGUUCCAGCUAAAACUGGCACAUUUAUUCCAUUUGGCUAUGGAGAUAGAAUAUGCCCAGGAAGUGCAUUAAGUCUGUUAGAGCAAAUGAUUUUCAUACACAGGCUUAUCACAAAAUACAGAUGGGAGCCUGUCAAUCCAAACAGUAAAACAAGCUACUGGCCAAUGCCAUCCGUGAAAGAUGGAUACCUCGUACAUGUUAUGUCCAUUUAGUAAGAAAUAAUAAGAAAAUAAAGUAAAUUCUGCACAAUGAAAAA